GUACCACCACAACCUUGCUAUCAUUUGCAGCUUACACACUCUUGUACUCAGUUUGAGAUGGCUUCUCUUGCAACAUCCCCGGUUGGUAUGUCGGAGUUGCUCGGAACUCCACUCAACAAGAGCAACUUUAGCGGUGCCGCACGGUCGGCUCCCACUGCCACCACCCCUGCCACCUUCAAGACUGUCGCCCUUUUCGGAAAGAAGAAGGCUGCACCUGCCAAAGCCAAGGUUGUAGCUGCUCCCGAGAGCGAUGAGCUCUCAAAGUGGUAUGGUCCUGAAAGAAGAAUUUUCUUGCCUUCCGGGCUCUUGGACCGAUCAGAGAUCCCAGAGUACUUGACCGGAGAAGUUCCCGGAGAUUAUGGUUAUGAUCCUUUUGGUCUAAGCAAGAAGCCAGAAAACUUCAGCAAAUACCAAGCAUAUGAGUUGAUCCACGCUCGGUGGGCUAUGCUCGGUGCAGCUGGGUUCAUCAUCCCAGAGGCCUUCAACAAAUUUGGUGCUAACUGCGGACCUGAGGCGGUUUGGUUCAAGACUGGAGCUCUUCUCCUUGAUGGAAACACAUUGAAUUACUUUGGCAAGAGCAUUCCAAUUAACUUGGUCGUUGCUGUUGUUGCUGAGGUCGUUCUUCUUGGAGGAGCAGAAUACUACAGAAUCAUAAAUGGUUUGGAUUUGGAGGACAAGCUUCACCCAGGUGGUCCAUUUGACCCAUUGGGGCUCGCAAAGGACCCCGACCAGGCUGCACUUCUAAAGGUGAAGGAGAUUAAGAACGGUAGACUUGCAAUGUUUUCCAUGCUCGGUUUCUUCAUCCAAGCUUAUGUCACUGGAGAAGGUCCUGUUGAAAACCUAUCAAAGCAUCUCAGUGAUCCUUUUGGCAACAACUUGCUUACUGUGAUCUCCGGAAAUGUUGAAAGAGCUCCAACCCUGUAAUUUCAAAUUUUCUCUGGAUCCAUCAAUCAAAAUUCAAGUGCAUUGUAUAUCACACUGAGUCUUUCUUAAGGCAGUUAACCUUAAUCUAUGAAUGAAAUUGCAACUCGCUUCCUUUGAAACAUAUAUAGAU